AUGUUUGGAGGCUUCCCAGUGAUCUCAGUGCGGGUUUAUUCUGGGCCUGCCGCAGCCCUUUGCCCUGAAGAUGAGUUUGCUGGAGCUACUGGCUCCAUUCGGUUUCCUUAUCCCGGGACCUUAUUGGGUGUCCAGGUAGUGACAAUUUUGCAGCAGUCGGGUGUGGGCCAGAGGCUCGGGCCCCGCUGCUUCUCCCGCCGCGCCGGCCCCGCCGUCCGCUGCCUCGCACCCGCGCCCGGAGCCGGGCGGCCGUGUGAUGUGAACGCCGCCACCAUGGCCUCGCUGCUGCUGCUGCUGCUGCUUUCGCUGCCGCCGUCCGCCUCCCCCGGAGCGAGCGGCCCGAACCCCGGAGGUGCGGGCGCGGCUACACUAAGAGACCAUUGGCCUGAAACUCAUACCAGCACCCACACUGCAAACCUCACCUUGAGUCAGGAUCAAGGGAACGUCACAGCAGCAGCCUCCAAAGAGAUGUUAAUUCAGACGCUCCGAAAGAGCCUCAUUUUGGCCAGUGCUCCAGAAGCCUUCACAGGGAAAACAGAAACAUCAGAUGAUGGAGAAAGAGCAGAGUCUUCAAGAAGAACACAUGAUCCCCCCUCCCACUGGGGUCCUGAGAGGGCAGCUGCACUGACUCCUCAAAGCAGCACCUGGGCUUCUGCAGGGACAGAGAUGUUAAAGGGCCUUCCCGCCCUCCAGAGCUCCUCCACCAGGCAGGCAGACAGCAAGGGUGUCACACAUACCAUCUACAACAUCUGGCCUGCACUUCAGUCUCUCACUGUCAGUUUUGGGCCUCCAGGGGAGACAGAGAGAUUCUCAGGGGUCUCUGACCUAGCCACUGUGACUUAUGCUGCUGCUUCUUCAUCCCCCUUGGAGGCAGAAUCAGGAAGAAAAGACACUCUUCAGGAUCCAGGAGAAGGAAUUCUCCCCGAAAGUGAAUUUGCCCUUCUGUCUUCCAAGCUUCCAGUGGGAUUUCAGCCAAAUGAUACCCCAGCAUCAAGUGAGCAUCCUCUUGCCCACAACUCCAGUACAGAGACUAGAAGUCUCCCGGAGCAAACUGAGAUGGUGUCCAGGUCAGUGCAAUCGGCCCAGGAAGAAAAAAGUACAGCACAGUGGUUUGAGGCCGACAAGACCUCUACAGAUAUGACUGGAAACUCUACUUCCAUUCCUGAAGCUGUGAACACUUCCAGUUUUACUCACUUCUCAGCUUUGGCCCCAAGGUCAGGAACAAGUAGCCUGGCACUGCGUAAGAGUCAUUACUCCAAACCCUCCACUUCAUCCUCCUCAGAAAGUUUGGAGAUUUCUGCACCACGUGCCACUGCGUAUAACCCUGAGCUGGAGUUCAGGUCUGUCGUAGAGAAGGGGACUGCUGAGGGGACACCAGGAGCUGCUGCUCAUGAUCUGCACACAUCAGCCACUUUGACUGGAAAUGGAGAACGCACCUUGAGAUCCCUCACCAACUGGAGUGCUGCGGCAUCCCCAGACCUGGGGCACUCUGCAGCUAUGCCCCAACAUUCCGAGAGUACCACUCCCCAUGGGAAUGCAACAGCUAUCAGUAUUGCCCGCCUGGGCUCCCGAGUCCUUGGAGUCACUGGCAGCAACCAAGACGCUAGGAGUGGCUCUGAUUUAGAGCAUCGAACUGACGACCAUACCUACAUCUCCUCCACUUUCACCAAAGGGGAGCGGGCACUGUUGUCCAUCACAGAGAACAGUUCUGCUUCUGCGCUGCGUGCCAGUGCGACCUUCUUGGUGCAUGAAUCUGGCCCAUCCAGCUCCCAACAUCUGCCUUCCUCUGGGGUACUGUCUGAAGGGACCAAAGCUGUCAUUUCUGAUGAGGAACAUGUGAGGCUGUCUGCCACAUCCCUGGUGCCUCACACAGCCCAUAUGCCCUCCCUCAGCCCCACGGUGAACAUGUCCAACACGGUUCUGCUGGGCUCCGAGGUUGCCUCUGUGGGUAACCCGUCUUUUCCUCCUUCAUCUUCGGGGCCUCCUUUGCCUCUGCCCUCAGUGUCACAACCCCAGCAGCCUUUGCCAUUGACCAGAGCAUUCACUUCUGUACUGCACCCCAUCCCUGGCACACCCACCCCACUGUCUUCCUUACCACCUUCUUCACCAGUAAUCCGUAGCACAUGGACCUCUGCCUCUCAUGCCAUCUUCCCAACCACUGCUGCGUUACCAAGGACCUCAGUUCAAAUGGCUACGAUAGCAUCAUCUGAGGUCACACUCCCCAGUAAUCAUACCAUAAACACUAAGAACCCCAGCCUGGUAGACCAUGAGACAGUCAUCACGGACUCAGAAGCGAGCCUGGAAUCUCUGCCCACAGAGGCCCCCAAUGCUGGAACCUUGAACUCUACUUCUGGUAUCCUGGGGCCUGCGAUCUUAACAAAGGCCUUCACUGAUCCAGAACUGCCAGCUACCAGCAUCAGAUUAGCCCAAACCUCACCUACUGUGAUCACCACUACCCUUCAGUCUUUGCCACCACUUGAGCCCACUUCCAGCUAUGCAACCAGUACUGCAGCUACCAGCCCCACCACCGUGCAGCCAGAAACUGAGAAAUUUUCGCCGACCAGUCCUGGAAUUUUCUUGUCACUUAUUACAACAGAGGGUCCCAUCACCACACAGAGGAGCCCUGUACAUACCCAAGCUGUGCCUGGAUCCAUUCCUCAGAGCAGUGUUUUUACACCUGCUAAGGAAGCAACCUCAGAGCCUGGCAUUUCAAGAGAGUACAGCCACACAUCACAUUUCCAUACAUUUUCUCCUGAUUCCCACACCCUGGAAAUCUCAACAGCGGAAGUGCUGACCCCCACAUCUCAGCACAACACACAGUCUCCAAAGGUUUCAUUGUCACCUGCCACAGUGAACAGCUGUGCCUCUAGUCCUUGUCUCCAUGGUGGCAGAUGCAUAGAGGAGCCCCUUGGCCGUGGGUAUCGAUGUGUGUGCUCACCCUCCUGGCAAGGGGACAACUGCAGUGUGGAUGUGAAUGAAUGCCUCUCGAAUCCCUGUCCGUCCCUCGCUGUGUGCAAUAAUACACAGGGAUCCUUUAUGUGCAAAUGCCCAGUUGGGUAUCAGUUGGAAAAAGGAAUAUGCAGUUUAGUGAGGACCUAUGUAGCAGAGUUUAAGAUCAAGAAAACUCUUCUUAAUGCCACCGUGGAGCUACAUGAAGUUGAAAACAAGAUCACCAGAAUGUUAAAUAUCUGUUUUUCACCCUUACCUGGCUAUAUGAAAUCCACAGUUCAUGCUUCCAGGGAGUCCAGCACAAUGACAGUAGCCCUGCAGACCACAUUUUCUUUGGCCUCCAAUGUUACGCUCUUUGACUUGGCUGACAGGGUGCAGCGCUGUACUAACUCCUGCAGAGCCUCAGCUGAUCUCUGCCACCUUCUAGGAUCCCAGAGGCGGAUCUUUCGAGUGGGCAGCUUGUGCAGGCGGAAAACUCCAGAAUGUGAUAGAGAGACCUCACUAUGCACAGAUGUGGAUGGCAUUGCGCGCUGCCAGUGCAAGCUGGGCUAUUUCCAGUUCAACAAGAUGGAUCACUCCUGCCGAGCUUGUGAAGAUGGCUAUAGGCUUGAAAAUAAAACCUGUAUGAGUUGCCCAUUUGGCCUUGGUGGUCUCAACUGUGGAAACCCUUAUCAACUCAUCACAGUGGUGAUUGCAGCAGCAGGAGGGGGCCUUUUGCUGAUCCUGGGCAUCGCCUUGAUUGUUACUUGUUGCCGAAAGAAUAAAAACGACAUAAGCAAACUUAUCUUCAAAAGUGGGGAUUUCCAAAUGUCCCCAUAUGCUGAGUAUCCCAAGAACCCUCGCUCUCAAGAAUGGGGCCGAGAAGCUAUUGAGAUGCAUGAGAAUGGAAGUACCAAAAACCUUCUUCAGAUGACGGAUGUGUAUUAUUCGCCCACAAGUGUCAGGAAUCCUGAGCUUGAACGAAAUGGACUAUACCCAGCCUACACUGGAUUGCCAGGAUCACGGCAUUCUUGCAUUUUUCCUGGACAAUACAACCCAUCUUUCAUCAGUGAUGAAAGCAGGAGAAGAGACUACUUUUAAGUACAGAAGGGUCAAUUGCUCUGAGUGAGUCACUCAGAGCACUGCACCAGGAGGGAGCACCACACACUAAGGUCUCCCAGGGUUCCCUAGAGCCACUAUUGAGUGGCAUGUGGAAAGUGGACAGACAUGAAGAGUAAUCACAGUGGAAGAAGACAGUGGAUAGAACCUAUGAACAUGGAACUGCUGGCUGCCCAUCGGGCACAUUUGCUGUUACUGUGAAUGUACAUGGGCCAGUACAAGAGUGAAUGACUUCAGCAUGGCCACUGGUUUAAGAAAUAAUGGUUAGAUUUUGUGCAAGUCAUUGAGCAUCACUACAGGGACCCAGUUUUUCCUUAGUUUGCACUUUAGUAAAUUGGGUAGGGAUAUCUCCUUUUGUAUUUUUUUUAAGGCUGUUCUGAAAAGAAGGUCUCUUUUUUUCCUUAGCACUUCCAUAGGCCUCCGUUUGGGGAUUAAUUUAUAGUAAAAUACUGGCCCUUUCUUUCUUUGUCUAGUUCCUAAGACUAAAUCAGCAUUUCUUAAGAUUUUUUCACCAUGGCAUGACACCAAGACGCCAAUGGAUAGGGGAAGAAGGCACAAGAAGGAAACAAGAUUUGAAGGGGACCAUGGUCGGAAAAACAUUGAGAAAUGUGUUCUAAACAGAUGCUGAUGAACAUACCACUCAGCUCUGGGACAUAGGAUUUCUAGGUCUUUUGCUCCAGUUUCCAAACCAGCUGCCCAGAGGAAGUACUGACAUUUGUCAAGCAUCACACAUAAUGAAAAUUUGCUUUUUAAGUUCAGGAGACACAUUUGCUCUGUGCAUUGAAGUUACGCUAUAUCACCUAAGUCUGGCUCAGGUCAAAGCAACUUUCCCCUGCUGUUUGAAGCAUACUGGAGU